CUCGUCUACGCUAUUAACUCGACAAGAAAAGCCAAAAGGUGAACUUACGAAACUAUUUCACUCAUAUUUGAGGCUUUUCAGGAGGAGAGAUGAGUUCAGCAGGGAAGGUAGGGGAGAUUUUCUCAGCGGCUGGUUCAGCGUUCACUCAGCUUGGUGAACUGACGAUGCAGUUGUAUCCGACGAGCGAUCAAACCCCUGUCAGUGGCAAAUGGACGGAUGAGGAGGUUGAGAUGCUGAAGAAUGCUAUCAAACAGUUUGGGGAUGACCUUCACAAGAUCAGUGAAACCAUCAAGACAAGAACUGUAUCUCAGAUCAGGGCAGCCAUUAAGAGGAAAUCCCUUGAUGCCAACACGAGGAAAGAAAGAGUGGACAGAGGUAGUCACGUAGAGCCGUCUACGGGCCUCACAUUGAUGGCUAGCCAUGCUCCAGCACGCUCCUCGCCGACUACGCCACCUGCUAAGAGGAUCAAACAUGAAUCAUCCGAGCCUGGGAACGAUUCCCUGGUUGACAUUGAAGGUCUCGAAGAUGGUUCCUCGAUAUCACCGUCAAAGAGAUUGGAAUAUGAAGGAAUAGAACCUGCUGCAGGAAUUGAGAUCAAAGUGGAAUGCGAAGCCACGUCAGGAUCAGAAGCGGAUAACUUACAACGAUGAGGAAUUAGCGCGGUAGGUUUCCAUGGUUACGGUACACAACAACACAGGUCUCCAUGGCUACAA